CUAUGACUAUGUACAUUUGAUGAUUUGUGAAACAAUACCUGAAUACAUUGGAGUGUACUUCAACAGAGAUUGGCUAUUAACCUGAUGAAUGUGGCACAUAGAUGGAUUCCAACCACAGUCUGACAUUGAGCAGUGCUCCACCGCUUGACCAAAGGAGUUUGACACAGCCGAGUACUUCAGAUAGUCUCCAGCUUCCUGUAGCAGGAGAUCUAGGAAGUUCAAUCUUCAAAGAUGAUUCAGGUCCAAAAGAAGUCAUCAAGCAACCAGAGGCAUCAAAUGCAGAUGAAGCAUCAGGUCAUAAAAUGGCUAUACAUACAGCAGAUGUACUUUAUCUGCGCGAAAGUAACAAGUCAAUGAAAGCGUCAGGUCAUGUAAGGGCUGGACAAACGAUGGCUCAUAGUAGACAGUUGAUGAGUUCUGGGGAUGAUGAACUUAUGUUGUCAUCGCUGGAGCCAGAGGAUGAUAUAAUACCACUCUAUAUUCAAUUAUACUGGCCUAUCAUUGUCACAUUUGUGGAUGGUCUCCACUUGCUCCCCAUGAUGAGAGAUAUUUUUGAAGAUCAAGGAGAAAGGACACGGAUUAAGACAAUAACAAAGGAUGAAGGGCCACAGGCUGGUAUGGAGGAAUUCCUGAAGUGCUUGACAGAUAAGAAACAUCAUCCUGAUCGAUGGACUCGCUUGAAUUAUGCAUUAAAAGAAGCUGAUUAUGAUCUUGUAUCUAAAGUUCUGGAAAGACAGGAAGCCAUUCACACAGACACAUUCAAGACUCAAAGGCGUCUUAUAGACAUUUUUGCACUUGAAAUUUACAAAAAACUGAAGCCAAGUGAAAUUGUCCCCGAUUUGUACUCCAAAAAAAUUAUAAACAGAGACAUCAAAGAUGCUGUGAUGAUUGAUGAAAGAAACAAUGGAGAGGCCUCGGCAACGAUUGUCCUUAUUGAUAAUAUAUGGCGAUGUAAAAAGAAUUGGUUACCAAUCUUCUUAGAGGUUCUUUGUAAAAAUGAUUAUAAGGAACUUGUUAAAAAAAUAGAUGACACUUUUCUUGAGAAAAGACAACAGAAACUUCAGGAAGGUGAAGAGCACCUGGUUAGCUCCGACUUUGAUGAAGACAAGGAUGCCAAGGACACUGAAAAGUCUCAGAGGGAUGAUUCUGAUCAGAACGGUGACAAAUCAAGAUCUCGCGAGUUACAGAGAGAGAUAUCUCACAAUUCUAUGUCACCCACCAAACAAGAGCAGGAUAAAACCAACUCUAUACAAGAGGACUACCUCUCAAGGACAUUUGAAGUGGAGAAGUCUGUCAACAAUUUGAGUGGAAAUCCUAUGGAAGAAAGCCUGGAUAGUGAAUUUGAAGCCUUGACUCAAAACAUGGAUGAAUCUUUAUCUAUCCAUGAAGAUUCUGAACAAACCAGUAGAAAACUAGCAGGGUAUGAGGCUGACAACAGAGCUUUGUCAACCACCAUGGACAACAGAAGUUUGGCGUCAAACACGGACAACCGAAGCUUGCAGUCAAACACUGACAACACGGUGGCCAGUUGUCCAGAUUUGGACUCUAUGGCUAUAGUGAAUGCCUGUCAGAGUCUGGAUAGAGAGGUGGAAUCUUCUACAGGUCGACCAAACAUCAUCAACAGUGGUUCCAGUGGAAGUCUGAUGGAAAUAAACAAGCGUGUUAAUUUGGAGGAAUCAGAUGACGAGGAUGACGAUCUUAAUGAUCCUAAAGAGGAGUUAAAAUUACGAAGUUAUCAGAUGGAGCUGGCAAGGCCUUCACUGGAGGGCAAGAACUCUGUCAUUGUGGCCCCCACUGGAAGUGGGAAAACACAUGUGGCUCUCUAUAUCAUCAAGGACCAUAUGGAGAAAAUAAAAUCUGUGAGACACCCGAAAGUGAUAUUCCUGGUGGAACAAAGUGCCCUGGCAGAGCAACAAGGCAAACAGUGUAUGACUUACCUUCCGUAUAGAGUCAAGGUCAUUACCGGUGAAACUCAGAGAAAUGAGAGGAUGAAGACUUUAAAUGAAUGGAUACAAAGGCGUGACUUGCUGGUGGUGACCGCCCAGAUUCUGUUGAAUGCUCUGCGAGAUGGUAUCGUCAAUGUCACCGACUUCUCCCUAAUGGUGUUUGAUGAAUGUCACCAUGCCAACGACAACCAUUCCUACAACAUGAUCAUGAAUAAAUACCUGGACAUCAAAUUUCAGGAAAAGGAGAAUGCUAAAAAUCUACCAAUGAUUGUUGGCAUGACUGCCUCUGUAACAGUAGGGAAAGCCUCAGACGAGGAGAAGGCUAAAAAACACAUAGAGAAGGUCAUGGCAAACAUGGACGCUGAAAUGAUUGUAACUGUGACGGAAAACAAACGGGAACUGGCCAAACAUGUCAACAUACCACAGCAAAAACUCUACAAGGUGAAGAGAAGAGAAAAGAACUAUUAUGGAACACUUCUUGAAAAGUUAGUGGAGACAAUAGAGAAAUACAUGAAGAAUUCCAGAUAUCUAGAGCAGGUGAAGUCUCCAGAUGCUGUUAUAAAGCCUCCCCUGGAGAAGGGUUCUGAUCAGUACACACAGUGGGUCAGCAUGCUGUGGAGAGAGACCGCUAAAAUCAACGACCAGGCUGCCGGACGAUUCUACGACACGUGUCGGAGGUAUCUUGAUUUAUACAACAAGGCUUUGAUUGUCUACAAAGAUGCCAGGCCAAGUGAUUCAUUGUCAUUUAUCCUGAAAGAAACAAAAAAAUGGGAGCUGACGGUCAAAGCUGAUGAAACUGAGGGGAAACUGAAGAGGAUGUUUGAUAAAACUAAAGACUUGCUUGAAAAGUGCACUGAAGACCCUAAGCACAGAAACCCUAAACUUGAGGCCCUGAAACACAUGAUUGUGGAUUACUUCAAGGAUAAUCCGGACUCCAGAGUGAUUGUGUUUGUCAAAACAAAAGAGUUAGUCAAGGCCAUAGAGACAUUUAUGAAUGAAACUGAUGAACUGCGUAAUCUCAAUCCUAAGCAGUUUGUUGGCGUGCAAGCCAAUAAGGAGAAAGGAGGAAUGACAAAGGUGGAACAGGAUGAGAUCCUGAGAUUAUUUCGAGAAGGGAACCACAAGGUCAUCAUAGCCACCUCUGUAGCAGAGGAAGGGCUGGACAUCCAGAAAUGUAGCCUGGUGGUGCGAUAUGAUCAUGUGACCAAUGAAAUAGCCAUGGUUCAAUCAAGAGGCAGAGGAAGAGCUGAAGACAGUAAGUUUGUUAUCCUGGCUUCAGAAGACACAAAUACAAUAAAAAAGGCCGAGCUGAAUUUGAUUAAAGAGUCCUGGAUGAACAAAGCUAUUGCUAGUGUCAGGGAGGAACUGAGUAGAGACAAGGAUGCAGUCCUUAGGAGGGUAAGGGAAAUCCAGCAUGAAGCAAAGAUAGCAAGGGACAUAGCUCUCAAGAACAGGAAAGCAGCUCAGGCCAAUUUAGGGGAGUUCAAGAUCACGUGUAAAUCAUGUCGAAACUUCAUCUGCAUGUCAACCGAUAUAAAAAAGAUUGAGAAUGCUCAUCAUGCUGCUAUCAAUGAGGACAUCUUGGAAAAUGUGAAUGUUAUAGCGUCUAUUCCAGAUUAUGAAGAUGAAAAUAUGAGCUGUGGAGCUGGAAAAAUAUUUUGUAAAAAAUGUGGAAAUCCAAUAGGGAACAUCACAAUCUAUAAGAACGCCCAGUUCUGUAUUCUGAAGUGCGAGUACUUGAAUAUGAUUGACAGUGCUGGCAAUGGGGUCUCCAAAAAGCGCUGGAAACAAGUCCCAUUUUUUGUUCCUCCAUUGACUCCUAAUGACCUUGAGAAGAGAAUUGAAGGAGAAAAAUACAUUGAAUGUUAAAAGUGUUUACUUACCAACUUACUCUUAAGUUUCUAAUGAUUGAAAAUGAUAAAUUAUUAUUAUUGGAUCCACAGAGUUAAAAAAAUACUAAUAAGAAUUUAUUGAUAGAGUGUACAUUUCACAUUGUACAAUCAUGCAUAUAUAAUGUAAUUACAAUGUAAUACAAUAUUCAACAGCAAAUGUAUAUAAAAUAUAGGUACAUGUACUUUGGAGCAUCAAUGUUAAAAAAUGUUCCUUGUCCCAAAUUUAAGCUUUAAAAUUUGAUUUUAAAAUUAUUGCACUUUAAUUUGCUCCAUGAACUAAUUGAGGCACUCUUUUGAAGUGUAGGAGUUUUGUGUUGGAGGAAAUAUCUGUUAAUAUUUUAGUUAUGAUAAUUUAUGAAUUUUUUUUCAUCUGUUGUACACAUUAGGCCAAAAAAAAUUAAUCAAUAGUUUCUCAGGCCAAAAAAAUCAAAAUUCAAUGCAGCAGGCAGGCUUUUUUUUUUUUUUUUUUUUUUUUUUUUAGCAGGAUUUA